GAGUUUUUAGUUGCCGUAGGAACGUACUGAACUGUUACGAGAUGCAAUGAAAAUUAAAGCUCUGCGCCGGCUGCACUCGCCUGACACUACCAACUACAACCUGAUUCUGUCGUUUCGCCGUAAUCAAUGACGUAAACCGAGCUGAGAAGAAAUCGAGACCAACGAUCGCACACAAUUACAAUAAGGGCACAAACAAUUUCUUUCAAUUUACAACCACCGUCACCUAGUACAAGUGCGCAACACCCCAGCCCAGACUCUGCUCUGUCUCACAAACACACCAUCCUUUAGGGCAAACCCGAUGGAGGCACGUCUUGUCUCGAGCAACACUGACACCCUUGUUGCUACUUUGACCGUGUCGUGUUAAAAGCAUCGUUCAACCAAAGCAUUCCCCGCCCAUCCCCUUUCAACCACUUUUGGACUUCACCCUACUAUUGCUACAGGAGGCCAACCUUCGCUCCUGUCCAUGCUUGCGCUCAGAUGGCCGUCGACCGUCGUCGUAAGCGGAAGUGAACCAGCUCAUUUGGUGCUGGAUUUAAAGUGUUGGUUCUUGCGGUGUAGCUGUGUCGUGUGUUCAAGUGUUUAUUCAAGGAGCCAGGGAUAAGGCUCGAUCACUUUACUGUGCGCAACUCUGGGCGGUACGGAGACACAGCUGUGAAGGGCAGGCGUGAAGCGACACACCCCAACCCACCCACCCCAAGAUGAGCAGCUCGGGCGGAAGUCCCUCGAAGAAGGGCACCACCAGCGUGGACAUGCAAAUAUUCGCCACCAAUGGAAACACGAUCGUCGACGAGAGCUACGACCCGCAUCUGCACCGGAACCGGCCGCACCCGACGACCAACUUUGAAACGUUGGUCCACCUGCUGAAGGGAUCGCUUGGCACGGGCAUUCUCGCGAUGCCGCAAGCCUUCUACAAUGCGGGCUACAUCUCCGGCGUGGUGAACACGAUCCUGAUCGGCAUCCUCUGCACGUACUGCUUGCACGUGCUCGUCCAGGCGCAGUACGCCCUGUGCAAGCGGCAUCGCGUGCCGAUCCUCACCUACCCGAUCUCGAUGAAGAUUGCGCUCGAGGAGGGUCCGGAAUGUUUGCGCCGGUUCGCCCCGUACGCUGUCGUCAUCGUGGAUGGUUUCAUGAUCGUCUACCAGCUUGGUAUUUGCUGCGUGUAUAUAGUGUUUGUAGCGACCAACAUUAAGCAGCUGGUGGAUUACUACUGGCUCGAGCUGGAUGUGAAAAUUCACUGCCUGAUCCUGCUAGUGCCACUGAUCGGGAUCAACAUGAUCCGGAACCUGAAGGUGCUGGCGCCGUUCUCCACGCUGGCAAACUUGAUUACAUUCGUCGGCAUUGGAUUGAUAUUGGCCUACAUUCUGGAUGAUGUCCCACCGAUCUCCGAACGUCAGCCGGUGGCUGAGUUGGGCAAAUUUCCCCUCUUCUUCGGCACAACGCUGUUCGCGCUGGAAGCAGUCGGAGUGAUCAUAGCACUGGAAAAUAAUAUGGCCACCCCGAAAUCAUUCGGUGGCUCGUGCGGUGUACUUAACGUGGGCAUGAUUGUGAUUGUCUUCCUGUACGCCGGCAUGGGCUUCCUAGGCUAUCUGAAGUACGGCGCUGAAUCGGCCGGCAGCAUCACACUCAAUCUGCCCCAGGAGGAAAUCAUGUCCCAAUCGAUCAGAAUUCUGUUCGCCAUAGCCAUCUUUAUUUCGUACGGCUUGCAAUGCUACGUGCCAGUGGACAUCAUCUGGAACGUGUAUCUGGUGGAGAAGUACCGCGACUCCAACAACAAGCUGGUGUACGAGAUGUUGGUGCGAAUUGUUGUCGUCAUUACCACUUUUCUGCUGGCCGUUGCCAUUCCUCGCCUGGGUCUGUUCAUCUCGCUGUUCGGUGCAUUCUGUCUGUCCGCGCUGGGGAUUGCCUUUCCCGCGAUCAUGGAAAUCUGUGUGCUGUGGCCGGAUAAGCUGGGCCCAGGCAAGAUUACACUCUGGAAGGACAUCAUUCUGAUCGUGUUCGGCAUUGUCGGGCUGGUAGCUGGCACGUACACGAGCGUGCGCGAUAUUAUUCUUAGCUUCAUGUAAAGCAGCCCGGACCGAGCCGGUAGCUUCUUGCGCAGCCUACCAGCGUGGCCGCAAGAUAGCACAGUACAGGACGACCAAGUAGCUGCAGAUCGACUAUGCAGACGAAGAAGAAAAAACAACAAACCAAACAGAAACUACUUACAGCAAUCUUUCCUAGCUAAAAGACGCGGUUGUGCACUAAAGCUUCCUUAGGGUGAGGGCAUUUGCUCCGACCGUUCCUUGCUGCACACCGGGCUUGGGCCAGUGCUGGGUGAUUCGUCGUACACUGGGUAGUAAAGAUUUGUAACAUAUCAUUUGUAGCAUCGAACCUAGUAGAAACAUUCGUGUCUGGUUUGCUAGUAUUGAUUUCAAGCCAAGCAGCCCACAGUACGCAAGCUAGCUCAGGUGUGUAAGGUUUUGUGUUUUCAAAAGCAGAUAGCAGAAUUAUAAGUGAAUUGAUUUUCAACAAAAUAACCGCACAGCAACCUCAAACGGAACUAGGAAGGAAGAAGUGGAUGGCUAAGCCUAUUUUAGAGCAGAGUUAUAGAUUUGCAUAUCAAAGCCAGAGUAAGGUGUAAGCGUUCUCACGCAUUCUUUUUGUAGAAAACGGUGAUAGCGAUAGCUUUGUACAAUCACUCAACGCACCACCACCACCACUACGAUUACGCAGGAAAUUGGCAGCUGAGUGGGUUCAGCCAGCAACGAACUUACUAUGUAUGUUUAUGCUUUACGCGGGGACGCGGCAGCGCUUCCCGCUUCAGAAUAAAAGGAUACCCUUACGCGACCAACAACACCGUGCGCCUACAUCGAACGGUGCAGCAGCGCGCCAAGCAAAGCGAGAAUAAAGCAAACGAGGGGCGAAAUUAUGUUUACUUCUUUUUUUAUUAUAAAUAGAUCGUUACCAUUACACACUACUAGUUUCAGCAGCAUCUGCCUCUUUUACUGCGCUGGUGAGUGAUAUGAAAAUAUAUAAUUUUCUUCCUUUUACCAUUACACAUUCUUCUGUUCGAUGGAAAUAAGUUCUGAUUCUAAUGCUACUAACAUCUGGGUUAUAAAUAUAGUUUGGGGGAUAAUUUGUACACCACCUUCAGGCCGCCGGCCUUGCCAAGCAUUGAAGGUGGAGCUAUUUUUAUAUUCAAUUUGCUCCGCAGUGGGGUUUUACUGAUUCACGCAUUUUUUUUUAAAUUGCGAAGUUACGUGGUAACCUCGGUUAGUUAGGGAGGCGUUCUCGGAGUUUGACCCUGUUGCUCUUAGCCCGGUCUCGGUAUUAUGUUAUUGGCUUACACAUCAGCACUAUGCUGAACCAGAUACACACAUUUGUUAUGGCAGAAAUCAAGUCAAUCAUAAACAUAUACAAAUAAAACCACACAAUAC